AUGGAUCACUCGUCGUCCGACGCUUCCAUCAACUCGGCGUCAUCCAAUGCAACGGACGACCCGGCCGAGCUGGAGCGACUCAUCUUUUCGGCCAUCAACGAUGGCGAUCGAGACGGCCUGAUCGAGAUCCUCGAGAACCCCUCCUCCUCGACCGCGAUUCUGCAACUAAUGCUCACAACCAGCUAUCCGAACGCGGACCAUUUCUACAAGCACGACCCCGAGGUCCAGCAAGAUGCCGACGAGCUGUUGGGACAGAGUGUCGAGAAUCUCAACGCCAUUCAAAUCGCAUGCAUCCUUGGCGAUGAAGAAAUCGCCUCCGAUAUCCUCGAGUUUGUCGUCCGGAUCACCGAGGAGAUCGAGGCUCGAAAGGUUCUCUAUGAGUUCAUGGGCCGCGUCUGGGGCAACGGCAACACCGUCCUGCAUCUGGCCUCGUUCCUGGGCAUGUGUGAGCUCGUUGCUCGGCUCUUGGAACUUGGUGCAAACCCAAACAAGAAGAACGAGCGCCAAUACAAGCCGGUCGACUGCACAAACGACAACGAGACACUCCUGGCCUUCAACAACGUGACCGAGGCACCCCGUCCGCCCGCUGGCUCAUCCAACCACGAAGACUUUCGGCCCCGGGCGUCGUCUGUUCAGUCCGUCGACGAGCUGCUUGCUGCUCCAAAUCGUAGUCUCCAGCAGGGUGUGAUUUCUAUAUCUCGUCCGCUCCAGAAUCUCAAACGGUCGUCUUCGGAAAAGCUAUGCGCAUCGUCAGAGGACUACCCGGAUGAAAAGUCACCGUCUCUGACCAAUCUGUGCCGCAGCGGCUCCGCCAACUCCCGCGGCCUCAACGACACCACGGCCACCCCAAUAGCAUCGACCGCAUCGGGAACUGUUGGAGCCAUUCGUCGUUCCGUGGGCACAAUUCGCAAGUCCAGAUCUCACACCAAGCUCACGGACUCUGCCGACUCAAAACCACAGCACCAGCAGCAGGAGCAUAAGGCCUCAAAAAAGGUUCACUUCAAUCCCAAAACGUUUCUCUUUCAGAUCUGCCAGAACGGCGAGAGCGACAAAAGCAUCGAUCCGGACAUCCCGUCCCUGGCCGAGAUCCUCCACCAACUCGAAACCACCGAUCGGGCUUCGAGCGAGAGCAGCCCUUCCGAUGAUACCGUCGAGCAGUCGCAGCAGUCGCAGCAGCCCAUCAUCAACACCAUAUUCACGCCGUAUCAGUGGCUGUCACCGCUGCACCAAGCUUGUAGCCACGGGCACAGCAGCGUCGUCAAGCAGCUCCUGCAAUCAAAGGCACUCGUCAAUGCUCGAGACAAGGAGGGCUGGACUCCCCUCCAUUGUGCCUGUGCUGAGGGGCACGUUGAAGUCGUCCGCAUUCUGGGCCAGUGUCGAGGCCCGCAUUCCAUUGGACUGGCACUGAGUGCAUCUGGCACGGAUGCCUUUGGCGCAAUCUACUGCUGCCCGGACGGUCCGAUCGAUCUCGAGGCUGUGAAUGACGACGGCGACACGCCCGAAGGCUUGGCACGAGACAUUGAGGACGUAACCAGGAGGAAGGAAGUCCUGGAUGUCCUGAAGGAUAUCAAGGAGAGACACGCAGCUAUGAGUCUCAAGGAUCCUCCGGAUCAACUCGGCGACGAUCAGCUGGUGCCCGAUGGAGACGACGACGACGAUACCUGGAGCAUCAGUGACUACUACGUCAACAUUACCCUGCGAUCGCUCCCAAAGCCUGAUACACAGCCGGUCCGCUCGGCGAUGAAGGGAUCGCGGGAUAGCCUUGCGAGCGAUCAACUCAACCUCAGCGACCAAUGCCGCCUCAAAGAUGCCAAUAAUUGCAACUUUGACGGCCGCCGCGGCAUCAGCGCCCGGUCUUUCCUCUGA